GAUGGUUGCAGAAGACAGUGGUGAAAAUAUUAAAAGACUAAAGACGUGGUUUAUGAACAGAAGAACAAAAGCCAAAGGACUUGCUGGUAAGAAGUCGACAAAGAGAGAAUCAACCAUUCAUCGUAGUUCUCGGAGACCAAAAUCAAACGUGGAUUGGGGAAAACCCUGCGAAGAACAGUUCUUUUCUAAAACUUCUGAAAGUUUUAAAGUUCCUGCUGAAGGUCUCGCAAGUGAAGAAGCAGACAAGAAACAGACUGCUGUGUGUAUUCCAAGCAGAACACACCCGAUGACUUCCGAUGUCAUGGACGAUCUGCUGCUUGAACGUGAUUCUGUACUGAUACAGGACAAAGAGUACCACGAGAUGAUGUGUGACUCCGAUUGGUGAAGAUGAC